AAGCUGCUCUGGGCCAAAAAGACUGCCAGUUUGGAGUCGUUUGCUGCGGGGAGGGAAUGAAUAGGCGGGCGCUGGGAACAGGCCCGCGAGGUGGGGACGCGCCGGCCGUAGCGAGGGCCUUAGCGUGUGAGCGGCCGGGGUCGGGUCGCUUCCCCGCAGCAUGGAGGACGAUGCACCAGUGAUCUACGGGCUGGAGUUCCAGGCUGUUGUAUACAGCCUACAUUUCUCUUUCAGGAAAUCCAGCCACUUCUGAGAUUGUUGGAGGCUGAUAGCUCUCAGCUGGGCCCUGCUCCAGGAAUUGCCCUCAGCUGAACAGAGGCACUUUGCCCAAGGUCACACCCCUCCUCAGGAAAAGCCUGCAUCCAGUGACUGACCUGUGGGGGUAGGGUUUGGGUGGUAUAAAACCCUGGCCAUCUGGCCUUAACUCGGAAGGCCCGUCCAGCUCCAGAGCUCCCCAUUGGAUUGGCUGAGGCCUCCAUUGCAGGUGUGAUGCAUUUCAUCUUCUCCCUCAGCCCAGCCCUUCCUCCUUCACCCCAACAUGGAAUAGUUCCCAAGAGCACUCUCUAGCACGUGCCUUAACACCUCAAACUGCAGAAACAGAUGCCAUUCGGUUUUUGGUUGGGACGCAGUCUCUUAAAUAUGAUAAUCAGAUCCACAUCAUAGAUUUUGACGAUGAAAACAACAUUAUAAAUAAAAACGUCCUCCUCCAUCAAGUGGGUGAAAUCUGGCACAUUAGCGCUAGCCCUGCAGACACAGGUGUGCUGGCGACCUGCUACAACAGAACUUCAGACAGCAAAGUCCUGACAUGUGCAGCCGUGUGGAGGAUGCCGAAGGAAUUGGAAUCAGGCAGCCACGAGUCCCCUGAUGAUUCAUCCAGCACUGCGCAGACCCUGGAGCUGCUCUGUCACCUUGACAACACAGCCCAUGGCAACAUGGCCUGUGUCGUGUGGGAACCAAUGGGAGAUGGGAAGAAAAUCAUUUCAUUGGCCGAUAACCAUAUCCUGCUGUGGGAUUUACAGGAAAGCUCAAGCCAGGCUGUGCUGGCCAGCUCAGCGUCCCUGGAAGGGAAGGGACAGCUGAAGUUCACCUCAGGACGGUGGAGCCCACAUCAUAACUGCACCCAGGUGGCCACAGCGAACGACACCACCCUCCGUGGCUGGGACACCCGGAGCAUGAGCCAGAUCUACUGCAUAGAGAAUGCCCACGGACAGCUGGUGCGGGACCUUGACUUUAAUCCCAAUAAGCAGUACUACUUGGCCAGCUGCGGAGAUGACUGUAAGGUGAAGUUCUGGGACACCCGAAAUGUCACCGAACCCGUGAAGACCCUGGAGGAGCACUCCCACUGGGUGUGGAACGUCCGCUACAACCAUUCUCACGACCAGCUGGUCCUCACUGGCAGCAGUGACAGCAGAGUCAUCCUUUCCAACAUGGUGUCCAUCUCAUCGGAGCCCUUCGGCCACUUGGUGGACGACGAUGACAUCAGUGACCAGGAGGACCACCGUUCCGAAGAGAAGAGCAAGGAGCCCCUGCAGGACAACGUCAUCGCCACCUACGAGGAGCACGAGGACAGCGUCUACGCUGUGGACUGGUCCUCGGCCGACCCAUGGCUGUUUGCCUCCCUGAGCUAUGACGGGAGGCUCGUGAUCAAUAGGGUGCCCAGGGCCCUGAAGUACCACAUCCUGCUGUGACUCCCAGGCCUGGGUUAUCCAGGUCCCAUUGGGUGGUUUUCCUCUUGGCAGAUUCUCAAACAGUCGCAGCUCUUUGGAGGUGACUUGUUUUCCAGGUGGAUCCCUCUCUGGGAUAGCCGCUGUUCCAUUCCUGUAGCAGCAGCAUUUAUGAAUGGGGUGAAUGGGGCUGUUGUUGACAGCACAGCUAAUGUCCGAACCCAGCUCCUGUCGGCAGAGACAGAGCCCCACAUUGUUAUGUGAAUAACAACGUUUUCUGUUUUAAGGGUGUUAGGAGUUUCACUUUUUAAAAAAAAUAUCUGUUCCUGCAAUAGUAACUCUUCUUUCUCUUGAGAGUAAAAAAUGAAAUAAAAUAAAUCCACACUGCA